UCGCUCAGCUGCUCUUCUGUCAGUUCUCGAAUCUAUUCUCUUAUUAUUCUCUCUCAGAACCUUAGGAAUAAGGAUUUUCUUGACGAGUAUUUUUUCCCGAGAAAAUUGUGCGAUUUUAGCAAUUUUCUCGUCGAUUGGGUUGCUUGGAUGGCGAAUCGCUGAGGCCGGAUCGCCGGAGGUGCGACUUCCAUGGCGGCGGGGACAAUGGCCACCGCCGCCGGGGCCGCGGUGCUUCUGUACUUGGUGUUGAGUCGGAGGCUGUCGACGAAGGGGGAAGAGGACGAUCGGAGCGGAGGCUUCGACUCGAAAUCGAACAGAUUGGUGAGAAGGAGGCUCUCCCGGCGGCCGGCUCAGGCGCCGGCAACGUGGCUGGAAUCGAUCACAACGCUGUCGGAGACGCUGAGGUUCACCUACGCCGAGACGCUCGGAAAAUGGCCGAUCGGCGACUUGGCCUUCGGCAUCAAUUAUCUCAUGCGGAGGCAGGGUAAUUUACAAGUUGCGAGUGUAUAUGCUGGUAGUAAUUCUGUAGAGCUUAAAGGUCCCGAGAUUGUUGCGGAGUUGAAUGAUUUUUUAAGGUUGUUGACGCUUUGUAUGCUUUUCUCAAAGAAGCCGUUUCCGGUGUUUUUAGAAUCCGCCGGCUACACUCAGGAAGAUGUUCUUCUUCAGAAGCCCAAGGCUGGGCUGUUGAAGCCUGCUUUCACAAUUAUGCGUGAUAAAGAUUCUAAAUGCUUCCUUCUAUUGAUUCGUGGAACACAUAGCAUUAAAGACACAUUAACGGCAGCAACUGGUGCGGUGGUCCCUUUCCACCAUUCUGUUUUGCAUGAUGGUGGGAUCAGCAACUUAGUUCUGGGGUAUGCUCAUUGUGGGAUGGUUGCUGCAGCCCGUUGGACUGCUAAGCUUAGCAGUCCUUUCUUGCACAAGGCUCUUGGUGAAUAUCCUGACUACAAAGUUAAGGUUGUUGGGCAUUCACUUGGUGGUGGUACUGCGGCACUACUUACUUAUAUCCUUCGGGAACAAAAGGAGUUCUCCUCAACAACUUGCAUCACAUUUGCCCCAGCUGCCUGUAUGACGUGGGAGUUGGCAGAAUCUGGAAAACACUUCAUCACAACUAUCAUCAAUGGUGCUGACCUAGUUCCAACAUUCUCUACAGCUUCUAUUGAUGAUCUUCGCUCUGAGGUUACAGCAUCGUCAUGGUUAAACGAUUUGCGGGAUCAGGUUGAGCGUACGAGGAUACUAAACGUUGUCUAUCGCUCUGCAACUGCUGUAGGAUCUCGCCUACCAUCCAUAGCCAGUGCAAAAGCCAGGGUUGCUGGUGCAGGUGCACUUCUAAGGCCAGUAUCCAGCAGCACACAGGUUGUUAUGAAGCGUGCACAGAAUGUUGCUCAAGCUGUAGUUAGAACACGCUCUUCCUUAACAUCAUGGUCUUGCAUGGGUGCACGCCGUCGAAACGUGGGUCCUGCAUUGAGCCCUAAACAAGACGAUUUGCCUGAAAUUGCACUGAUAUCUGAAAAAACUUCUGAAUCGCUGGAUAUUGAAGUAGUUAGAGACACAGUUCUGAACAAACCAGAAUCUAGUUCUAGUGGUGGAUCAGGGCAUGACGAUACAGAUGAAGAGGAACAGCUCCUUCCAGUGGAGAGAGUCACCGCUACUUCCACCGUGGAAGACAUUACUGAAGGCGAGUUUUGGUAUGAACUGGAGAAGGAGCUUCAAAGACAGGAGAAUAAAGCCGACAUCGAGGCCAAGGAAGAAGAAGCAGCUGCAGCAAAAGAAAUAACUGAAGAGGAAAAUUUGCUGGUCGAUGCUGCGGAAAACAACAAUCCAAUCUCUUCAACGGAGGCUUCAGAAAAUCAUCACUUCUACCCUCCGGGCAGAAUCAUGCACAUUGUUGCUGUCCCUUCAUCUGAUUCUGCCAACUUAGAUAAUGACGAACCUAAUGAAGAACGUAUUGGUAUAUAUGAGACACCUAGAGAACUGUACAGUAAACUAAGAUUAUCAAGAACAAUGAUUAAUGAUCACUUUAUGCCAAUGUAUAAGAAGAUGAUGGAAUUGUUAAUUAGGGAACUGGGAAAGGAUGACCACAGUAGACGUGUAAUUUGAAAACAACAUAAUUAAUAGUGAAAUGAUAUGAUAUUGCAAUUUGAAUCCAUUUU